AUGUUGAAGAAGAAGAUAACCAAGUUUUUCUUUUCCUGUCUCUCUCUCAAUCCCAUAGUUUCUCAGCAGAAUGAAGUUUCUUCAGAAGAUCUUGCUUGGGUUGAUUCCUGCCUAAAUAAGGAUUCUGAUAUUUCAGAAAGUGAUUGGUCCCCUCUUAGGAAUGCUUUGUUCGAAAUUAUCAGUUCCCAAUCUCAAUCAUUCAGGGUUAAUGGUAGAGAAGACAAUGAAAGUCACCAAUGCAGUAAGGACAAAAACAUUACUUCAGAACAUAUUCAAGAAUCUUCGACUUCUAAUGCAAAUUGCUUACAAAACCGUUCUUCAACUUAUAAUGUUGAGCUGAUAAGAAUGGCUAAUAAAACAAGCACUGAUGUAAUUCUAGACGAUGAACUGACUGGGCCGUCUUUGUCGUCGUCUUCAACUUUUGAAGGAGAUCCUUUUCUGCCAACUUAUAGUGAAGACCUAAAGCAAAAUAUUUUUGCAACUUAUGAGAUGGAAGAUGCAUCUGAGAAUAUCUUCAAAGUCUGGGAUCUGGAUUGUGCAACUGAUGAGAUGGAGGAGGCAUCUGAGAAUAUCUUCAAAGUCUGGGAUUUGGACAUUCCAGUUGAGGAAGGUGAACUUGUUAAACAGUUGGAGAAAGCCCUAUCAGAGAAUUCUUUGAGGACGGAGCCAUCCAAUUUUGCUGAUUCAGGAAAAGGGAAGGACUUGAAGGAAGGGUUGCUUGAUGAUCUUAUUGCUGACAAGGACUUGAAUGAAGGGCCACUUGAUGAUCUUAUUGCUGACAAGGACUUGAAUGAAGGGCCACUUGAUGAUCUUAUUGCUGGCAUUGCUGAGUUGUCUCUAAAUAAAAAAGUUUAG